AUGGCGAAUAACGAAAGUAUCAGAGUUAAGCAUUUUCCAUCAUCUCUUACAAAGGCAGCGUUCACCCGGUUCACCACAUUACCCCCAAACUCUGUCGACUCAUGGCCAAAAUUGGAAAAACUUUUCCAUGAGCAGUUUUAUGAGGGCCAUUCGAAAAUCAGUCUGGUCAAACUGUCGAGCAUCAAAAGGAGGUUUGCAGAGACCAUCGACGACUAUCUAAAUAGGUUUAGGUCACUUAAGGCAAAAUGUUUCACGCAGGUACCCGGACAUGAACUGGUUCAGAUGGCUGCAGGAGGUUUAAAUCAUUCCAUUAGGAAGAAAAUAGACCCAACUUUUGUCAAAAGUUUGUCGCAAUUAGCUGAUAGGGUUCGACACCUUGAACUUUUACGACUAGAAAAAGUCAGGCAUACCAAGGCCAAAGCUAAAAAGGAAAAAGUAGCUUACGUCGAUUACGAUGAUACGGACCCUAUAUACGAAGCUGACUACAUCUCAACGACGGAGGCGGAGAUUGAUCUGGACGAAAUGAAACCAGGGCCAACAUACGAAUGUAAAUCGUUGUUUCCGUCGAAAGGAAAAAAUGUCUCUGUUGAUAACAAUUCGAAAUUCCCUGCUAAAACUUACACUUUUGAUAUUAGUAAAUGCGAGGAAAUUUUCGAUGUAUUAGUUAAAGAUGGUCAGAUUUUAGUACCCCCAAAUGCUAAAUUACCACCAUUAGAACAGCGACACAAAAGAGGUUUUUGCAAGUAUCAUAAUUAUCUUGGGCAUUCAACCUCUCAAUGUUUUCUUUUCAGGGAUUUGGUCCAGAAGUCACUUCAGGAAGGCCGACUGAAAUUUGCUGCCAGGAGGAUGAAAAUCGACGCUGACCCACUCAAACAAGAGGAGGCUUUGUUUGCCGACAUUGUCGAUAUCAACAUGGUGGAACUGACUGAGAUACCUGAUGACAUGCUGGAAGAAAGUACCGGUGAAACUCCCUAA